AUGCCGAGAGCACCUUCUUCCUUCUUCAUAAACGCGAAGAACAUAUUUCUCACCUAUCCCAGGUAUGUUCUUCCCAAACAACAAGCAUUAGAUGCAAUUAGGAACAUCCAGUUCCUUAUUUCCCCUAUUUAUGUACGGGUUGCUCAAGAAACCCACCAAGAUGGUUCUCCCCAUCUACACUGUCUGCUUCAAUUCGAAGGUAAAUUUCGAACUCAAUCUGCGAGGUUCUUCGAUAUCAAAUGUCCCAGUUCGAAUUCGAUGUUCCAUCCAAAUGUUCAAGGCGUGAGGAGUUCAUCAGCAGUUAGGGAUUACAUCUCCAAAUACGGUGAUUUUGUCGAAUGGGGGAAGUUCCGGCCAGAUGGCCGGAGCAGUUUGUCAUCUGACAAAAUAGAUGAUGUAUAUGCCGCUGCGCUUGCCGGGCAAGAUAAGGGAAUGGCCCUCAGUAUUAUCAAGAAGGGCGAUCCUCGAUCGUUCAUUAUACAUUACGACAAAUUGUCCAGCAAUCUGGAUAGAAUAUUCCAGAAGCCACAAGAACCAUACGUGGCUCGUUUCCAACAGUUUGCACACGUUCCUUCGUUCCUGAUCCAGUGGGCCACUCAAAAUAUUAUUGGGCCUGAUAACAGACCACACAGGCCCAUGUCCAUAAUAAUAGAAGGCCCAAGUCGAACUGGUAAAACAUGUUGGGCUAGAAGUCUCAAUCCUAGAGCCCACAACUACUAUGCAGGCCAUAUUGAUCUGGGCCAUCACUCUGAUGAUGCGUGGUACAACGUCAUAGAUGACGUAAGCCCUCAAUUUCUCAAGCACUGGAAAGAAUUCCUGGGUGCACAACGAGAUUGGUCGUCCAAUUGCAAAUAUGCCAAACCCAGGAAAAUCAAAGGGGGAACUCCGACAAUUGUGCUCUGCAAUCCUGGUGCCAAUUCUUCGUAUCACGACUAUUUAAGUGCACCAGACAAGCAGGAGCUUCUCAACUGGACUAAGCAGAAUGCCGCAUUCUCCUUCCUGGAACAACCCCUCUUUGCACUCACAAACCAAGAGCAGGCACCAAUUGUCCAAGAAGUUCAAGAAUUGGAUAGCAACAACUAA